CAGAACUAGCGACGCUAGAGCGGUGAUUUAACCCGAAUUAAUAUAAUAGACUCUAUAUGGUCUAAUUUUUGUUACGUCUGCGGAAGUGAUUGUGUUUUUUGUUUUGGACUUUUUUCUUAAUUAAACCAAAGGCAGUAUGCCUCCAAAUCAAGUUUCUUCUUCUGCCAUCCAACCCCUUAGGGUAGCCAUCAUUGGACAAAGCGCGUUUGCAGUCGACGUUUUCCACAGACUGAGGCAGCACGGACAUAUCAUAGUGGGCGUUUUCACUAUACCAGACAAAGGAAAACGAGAAGAUCCUUUAGCUAAGGUAGCUGCCGAGAAUGACGUCACUGUGUUCAAAUUCAAGGCCUGGCGGAGGCAAGGCAAACCUCUUCCGGAGGUUUUGGAUGCCUACAAGAGCGUCAACGCGGAAUUGAACGUCCUUCCCUACUGUUCCCAAUUCAUACCAAUGGAAGUCAUUAAUUACCCUCGACUGAGCAGUAUCUGCUACCACCCUUCCUUGUUGCCAAGACACCGAGGAGCCAGCUCUAUAAAUUGGACCCUCAUCUGUGGAGACCAAAGAGGCGGGCUGUCGAUCUUUUGGGCCGACGACGGCUUGGACACCGGCCCAAUCCUGCUCCAGGAAGAAUGCGACGUCCUCGAAGACGACACAGUGGACACCUUGUACAACCGCUUCCUCUAUCCCGUUGGUGUAUCCGCUGUUGCCAGGGCCGUGGACAUGGUAGCCGACGGCACCGCUCCCAAGAUCACACAGAGCGAAAAAGGGGCCACUUACGAUCCUAUGCUCAACAAACCCGACUUGCAAAAGGUGGAUUGGUCCAAGACAGCCAAGGAGCUGCACAACUUCAUCAGAGGCAUGGACUCUGUACCGGGUGCAAGCUGCUCCAUGAAGGUACCUGGAUCCGAAGAGUUUCAACAAGCAUUGCUCUUUGGGUCAUCUCUGUGGAAGUCCGGCGUACCCAUCGGCAAAGAGGUGGAAAUCGAAGGAACCAAGCCAGGUAUCAUCCACGAAGGAGGACUUCUGUUGGUGGGAUCUGACGGGAACUACGUGAACGUUAAGAAAGUUAAGAUUAACGGGAGGAUGAAGAACGCAGCUACGCUAGACCAAAUCAUUCAGCAGGUCCAGAUUGAGUACACCUCUGAGGAAAAGACGUUGAUCGAGUCCGUGAGGGAUAUCUGGGAGGCUAUUCUCAGCGUGGACAUCGAAGACGACACCGAUUUUUUUGCUUGCGGUGCUGGAUCUAUGGACGUAGUCAGACUAGUGGAAGAAGUCAAGGACCUCUUCAAAACCGAGCUGGAGAACGACGACGUCUUCAUGGCUCCGGUUUUUUCCGAGUUCUGCCUAAACGUCGUGCAGAAAAGCCGAGGUGGAAACCAAGAGGUCGAGGUGGAGUACAGAGCUGUCGAGCUAGACGUCAACAAAAUGAGGGUGAAGUUCCCCUGCCAGCUGUUCAUCGAUGGGCGGUUCAUAGACGCGGAAAACGGCAAGGUUUUACCUACGGUGAACCCAGCAACAGAAGAAGUCAUCUGUGACGUCCAAUGUGCCUCGAAAAACGAUGUCGACAAGGCGGUCGCUGCUGCGAAAAAGGCCUUCGAGGUUGGCGAAUGGAGCAAGAUCAGCGCCAGGGAGCGUGGCCAACUGCUGUUUAGAUUGGCGGACCUGAUGCAACAGCAUCGCGAAGAACUGGCAACAAUCGAGUCCAUCGACUCCGGUGCCGUGUACACCUUAGCCCUAAAAACGCACGUAGGGAUGAGCAUCGAGACUUGGAGGUACUUCGCCGGAUGGACAGAUAAGAUACAGGGAUCUACUAUACCGGUAUCCCACGCUAGACCCAACAGAAACCUUAGUUUCACCAAACGGGAGCCCAUAGGAGUUUGCGCGCUGAUCACACCGUGGAACUACCCCCUGAUGAUGCUGUCGUGGAAAAUGGCGGCUUGCUUAGCCGCCGGCAACACCGUCAUCAUCAAACCUGCUCAGGUUUGUCCUCUGACGGCCCUGAAGUUCGCAGAAUUGUCCGUAAGGGCGGGGAUACCGCCUGGUGUUAUAAACGUGCUUCCGGGAACUGGGUCCGUGACAGGUCAGGCUCUGGCGUCGCACCCAGAAGUGAGAAAGUUAGGAUUCACGGGCAGUACAGAGAUCGGUCAGGUCAUCAUGAGGAGCUGCGCCGACUCGAAUCUGAAGAAAGUCUCCCUGGAAUUGGGAGGCAAGUCGCCGUUGGUCAUAUUCUCGGACUGCGACUUGGACAAAGCCGUCAGACUGGGCAUGCAGAGCGUGUUUUUCAACAAAGGAGAGAACUGCAUAGCGGCGGGCAGGCUCUUCGUAGAGGACAGCAUCCACGACGAGUUCGUGCGGAGGGUGGUGCAAGAAACCAGGAAGAUACAGAUAGGGGAUCCCUUACACCGGUCUACGGCCCACGGGCCCCAGAAUCACUUGCCGCACUUGAGGAAGCUGCUGGAAUACAUCGAAAUCGGGCAAAAGGAAGGUGCCAAACUGGAGUACGGAGGUAAAAGACUGAAGAGACCGGGAUAUUUCUUGGAGCCCACCGUCUUCAGCAACGUAGAGGACCACAUGUACAUCGCCAAAGAAGAAUCCUUCGGCCCCGUCAUGAUCAUCAGCAGGUUCAACGACGGGGAUGUCGAUGGGGUUCUGAAGAGGGCCAACGCUACGGAAUACGGCUUGGCCUCCGGGGUAUUCACCAAAGACAUCUCCAAGGCGUUGAGGUUCGCGGAGAGGGUAGAAGCCGGCACGGUGUUCGUCAACACGUACAAUAAAACAGACGUGGCGGCGCCUUUCGGCGGGUUCAAGCAGUCGGGAUUCGGGAAGGAUCUAGGUCAGGAAGCUCUAAACGAAUACCUGAAGACGAAGUGUGUGACGAUAGAAUAUUAGUAGUUAGGAUUAAUAUUAGGUAAAAAAAGCUACGAAUAUCUGUAUAUAUUAGUUAUAAAAUAAAACUGUGGUUGCUGCUGUUUCUUAAUAAAAAAAAUAUUAAUGGUU